CAUCUGGCCCACAAGAGGAUUAUUUAAAGUCAGGCAGCUGUGAGCCACUUCUUGCACUCCGUUGCAUCUCUUGAACCAUGCUUAUCCCGCUCCUCGUCCUAUUUGCACUGAUGCUGGGGUCAGUUGCACCCCAGUACCACAAUGACCACUACGACAUGGGAUGGGUAAACGCAUAUCGGCAAGGUUUUAACUUCCAAUGCCCACAUGGAGAGGUUCUGGUGGCCAUCCGGAGUUAUUUCAGUGAAAAGGACGGGUCAGAUCGGCUGUGGAGCUUUGAAUGUCAGCCCACUCCAGAGGGUCUGGGGCAGCCCACAGACUGCUGGUGGGACGAUAUCAACCGUGCCGGGCUAGAGUGGACGUCCACCUGCUCUCGUAAUGGUCUGGUCGCUGGAGUCCAAAGCAAAUACUUUGAGUCUGUCCUGGACAGAGAGUGGCAGUUCUACUGCUGCUACUAUGAACGCCGCUGCCCCUACUCCUGCAUGAAAACCACAGAUGUCCCGGAGUUCUACAGGGAGGAGGGUGAGAUGGUGGUGCCCAGCUAUGGAUACUUCAUCAGAGGAGCUCAGACCACCUUCAGUGGAGUGCUCAGGGACCGACAGUGGAAGUACAUCCUCUGCAGGAUGACAGAUUUUAACUGUGACUAUGAGAAUUUAUAAGCUGCACUUUAUGUAUAAUAAUACCCAUUAUAUUCUACUUUGUAUGUACUUUUUACCUGUCAAAAUAUUCAGCAUUUUUUAACCUGUAUCAUGUUAACUCACAGUAUUUUCACAACGAAAGGAUGCUGGAGGUAGCUGUCCUCACCACACACAAAUGUUAUUUUUUCAUUUACUUUGGUAGGGCUUAAUUCCUUGGUCUUGUUGAUUAUAGCUUUCCAAAGCAAACACCAGUGGAGCCUCUCACACAAUCUGGAUUUAUGCUAAAGAUCACCUGGAUCCAGCAGAGCUCUGCAGUGUGUGCAGAACAUACUUUAAUAUCAUCCUCUCUUUGCAUUCUAGUCAUGUAGCUUCAAGUGUGGUCAUGGGCAUAACAUUGUAGUAAACAUCCACCACCUCACAUAUGGAUGGAAGCUCUGAAUAAAGUGUAAAAACAUUUGA